GGUGCGUGUGUUGCCGGCGGGGGGCGGCGGCGCCUCCUCCACCACCACCACCACCUCCACCUCCUCCUCCUCCUCCUCCUCCUCGGACAUGUCGACCGCGGCUGUGGCGGUGGCUGCCGCUUCCCGGCGGCAGUCAUGUUACUUAUGUGACCUGCCCCGCAUGCCCUGGGCCAUGAUCUGGGACUUCACCGAGCCCGUGUGCCGAGGCUGCGUCAACUAUGAGGGCGCUGACCGUGUGGAGUUUGUCAUCGAGACAGCGCGGCAGCUCAAGCGGGCGCACGGCUGCUUCCCGGAGGGCCGCUCCCCGCCCGGCUCGGCCGCCGCGGCUGCCUCGAAGCCGCCUCCGCUCUCCACCAAGGACAUCCUCCUGCAGCAGCAGCAGCAGCAGCAACAGCAGCUGGGCCAUGGCACGGCCGAGGCGGCCUCGAGGGCCCCGCAGGCUCUGGAACGCUACCCCCUGGCGCCCGCCGCCGCUUCCUCUGACCGAGCGCCCCCGAGACUGGGCUCCGAGUACGGAGCAAGCCGCCAACCUGCGGGCGGGCCUACGACCCCGCAACCACAGCAGCAGCAGCCGCCCCCGCCCCAGCAGCAGCAAGUGAAUGGCAUACUGGUGCCCAAUGGCUUCUCCAAGCUGGAGGAGCCGCCCGAACUGAACCGCCAGAGCCCCAACCCGAGGCGCGGCCAUGCGGUGCCGCCCACCCUGGUGCCGCUGAUGAACGGCUCCGCCACGCCGCUGCCCGCCGCCCUCAGCCUCAGCAGCCGGGCCGCAGCCGCCUCGCUCGCCGCCAUCUCCGGCAGCCCCGGCUCCGCCCUGGGCCCUGCACAGCCCGCAGAGUUAGGCGGCCACAAGCGGCCCGGCUCGGUGUCCGGAGGCGGCUCGGGGGCCGAGCAUGAGCAGCGGGAGGCGGCCAAGGAGAAACAGCCCCAGGCGGCCCAUCGAGGCCCCACGGACAGCCUGGCUGCCUCCUCGGCCGCCGUCUCCGUUUCGGGUGCGGCUGAGCUCGGCGGGGAGGGAGGAGGCAAGGGCCGGGGGCCCGGGGAGCAGGACUGGGUGAACAAGCCUAAGACGGUGCGGGACACACUGCUGGCGAUGCAUCAGCACGGCCACUCGGGGCCCUUCGAGAGCAAGUUCAAGAAAGAACCUACCCUAGCACCCAGCAGGAUGCUGGGUUUCGAGGCCAACGGCGCCAACGGGGCCAAAACAGCUCCACGGACAGCGAGGAAGAGGAAACUUUCCCCAGAACCAGAAGGUGAAGUUGGGCCUCCCAAGAUCAAUGGAGAGGCACAGUCAUGGUUAACAACCCAAACAGAAGGGAUGAAAAUGCCCAUGACUCCCACGCCGUUUGUGUCUCCACCACCACCCACUGUCUCACCUCAUUCCAACCGGACCACACCGCCAGAAGCGGCUCAGAAUGGGCAGUCCCCUAUGGCAGCUCUGAUAUUAGUAGCAGACAAUGCAGGGGGCAAUCAUGCCUCCAAAGAUGCCAACCAAGUUCACUCCACUACCAGGAGGAAUAGCAACAGUCCACCUUCUCCAUCCUCUAUGAACCAAAGAAGGCUGGGCCCCAGAGAAGUGGGGAGCCAAGGAUCUAGCACAGGAGGACUGGAACCAGUACACCCCGCCAGCCUCCCAGACUCCUCUCUGGCAGCUAGUGCCCCACUGUGUUGCACCCUGUGCCAUGAGCGUCUUGAGGACACCCACUUCGUGCAGUGCCCUUCCGUUCCUUCGCACAAGUUUUGCUUUCCUUGCUCCAGACAAAGCAUCAAACAGCAGGGAGCUAGUGGAGAGGUCUAUUGUCCCAGUGGGGAAAAAUGCCCUCUGGUGGGCUCCAAUGUCCCUUGGGCCUUUAUGCAGGGGGAAAUUGCAACCAUUCUUGCUGGAGAUGUGAAAGUGAAAAAAGAAAGAGACUCGUGACUUUUCCAGUUUCUGAAAAACCCAAUGAUGACCCUUAUCUAAAAACUGCUUGAAUUGUGUAUAUAUUUCUCUCUAUAUAUAUAUCCAAGACAAGGGAAAUGUAGACUUCAUAAACAUGGCUGUAUAAUUUUGAUUUUUUGAAUACUUUGUGUUUCUAUAUUUUUUUUUUGACGACAAAAGGUAUGUACUUAUAGAGGCAUUUUCCUCUUUUGUUAACGUUAUUAGCAGAUCUUUGUGCUUUAUUAUCCUGGUGACAGUUACUGUUUAAUGUAGGCUGUGACUUGCGCUGCUUUUUUAGAGCACUUGGCAAACCAGAAAUGCUUCUAGCUGUAUUUGUAUGCACUUGUUUUAAAAAGAAAAAAAAAGCCAAAUACAUUUUCUGACAUUGUAA